AUGGUGAAGUCAUAUCUUCGAUACGAGUCGGCGGUCUCGUUCGGAGUUAUAGCGUCGGGGGACUCCAACAUAACCUACGACAGCUCCGGAAAACUCCUGUUGGCGGCGGCGCUUGAGAAGCUAGGCGUGUGGCACGUUCGCCAGGGCAUUUGUACAAAAACUCUAGUUCCAUCACCUUCCUCCUCGCAUGGCCCCUCCCUCGCCGUCACUUCCAUUGCCUCGUCUCCCUCGUCUCUCAUAGCUUGUGGCUAUGCUGAUGGUAGUGUAAGAAUAUGGGAUAGUGAGAAAGGAACAUGUGAAACCACUUUGAAUGGACAUAAAGGUGCUGUAACAAUCAUCCGGUACAACAAACUUGGAUCUUUGCUUGCUUCUGGUAGCAAAGACAAUGACAUUAUUUUAUGGGAUGUAGUUGGUGAGGCUGGACUCUUCCGCCUUCGUGGGCACCGUGACCAGGUUACUGACCUUCUUUUCUUGGAUUUUGGUAAAAAACUGGUUAGUUCAUCCAAAGACAAAUUUUUAAGGGUCUGGGACCUUGAAACACAGCAUUGCAUGCAAAUUGUAAGUGGCCAUCACAGUGAAAUUUGGUCCAUUGAUGUUGACCCAGAUGAAAAAUAUCUGGUCUCUGGGUCAGCGGACCCUGAACUCCGAUUUUACACGAUAAAGCAUGAUUUGGCCGAUGGAAAAACUCUACUGGAUAAAACUGAAUCUGAUGCGGAUAACAGAAAAACAUCUGCUCAGAACAAAUGGGAAGUUUUGAAGCAUUAUGGUGAAAUUCCGCGGCAGAUCAAGGAUAGAGUUGCUACAGUUAGGUUCAACAAGUCUGGAAAUCUGCUGGCCUGUCAAGUUGCAGGGAAAAUUGUGGAGAUAUUUCGUGUAUUAGACGAGUCUGAAUCUAGACGUAAAGCAAAAAGAAGAGUUAAUAGAAAGAAGGAGAAGAAAGCUUCUAAAGUCUCAGGUGAGACUGCUGAAAAUGGAACUAUUGAAGAUGAAGUUGGUAAUGAUAUCACUGUUACUGUCCCUGAUAUCUUUAAGCUCAUGCAUACUCUUCGAGCCAGCAAGAAGAUAUACUCCAUUUCUUUUUCUCCAAUCACUUCGAGAAGCUCUUUGGCUACCUUAGCAUUGUCUCUGAACAAUAAUUUAUUGGAAGUUUAUUCAAUUGAUAGUACUUCAACCACAAAAUUAAGUGCCGUUGAGCUCCAGGGACAUCGUUCUGAUGUGAGAAGUGUCACACUUAGCUCAGAUAAUACUCUUUUGAUGUCAACAAGUCACAGUACAGUUAAAAUAUGGAAUCCCAGUACUGGUUCUUGCCUCAGAACUAUUGAUUCAGGAUAUGGACUGUGUGGUCUAUUUGUACCGGGUAACAAGUAUGCGAUUGUUGGUACAAAAGGUGGUACACUAGAAAUUAUUGACGUUCGAAAUGGCACUUGUAUGGAAGUAGUUGAAGCUCAUGGUGGCUCUGUUCAGUCUAUUGCUGCAACUGCUGAUGGAUUUGUCACCGGGAGUACAGAUCGUGAUAUCAAGUUUUGGGAGUAUCAAACCACUCAAAAGCCUGGGCAAGAUUCUAAGAGUUUAGUGGUGUCUCCGGUGAGGAAUUUGAGAAUGAAUGAUGAUGUUUUGGUGGUAGCUGUCAGCCCAGAGGGUAAAUAUAUUGCUGUUGCUCUUUUAGACCAGACAGUGAAGGUGUUCUUCAUGGAUUCACUCAAAUUUUUCCUCUCCUUGUAUGGCCACAAGCUGCCCGUGUUAUGUAUGGACGUAUCAUCUGAUGGGGAUUUAAUUGUUACUGGUUCCGCAGACAAAAAUUUAAAGAUUUGGGGUCUGGAUUUUGGUGAUUGCCACAAGUCUCUUUUUGCUCAUGCUGAUAGUGUCAUGGCAGUUAAGUUUGUACGCAAUACCCAUUACAUGUUCAGUGUGGGGAAAGACCGCCUUGUGAAAUACUGGGAUGCCGACAAGUUUGAAUUGCUUUUAACUCUUGAAGGUCAUCACUCCGAGGUCUGGUGUCUUGCAGUUAGCAACCGUGGGGAUUUUCUUGUAACAGGAUCUCAUGAUAGAUCCAUUCGCCGUUGGGAUCGUACAGAAGAGCCUUUCUUUAUUGAGGAAGAGAAAGAGAAAAGGUUGGAAGAGAUGUUUGAAGCUGACAUUGGCAAUGCAUUUGAGAAUAGGUAUGUGCCAAAGGAAGAAAUUCCGGAAGAAGGAGCUGUGGCAUUAGCUGGGAAGAAAACUCGAGAAACUGUUGAUGCAACAGACUCAAUCGUUGAAGCAUUAGACAUGGCAGAAGAAGAACUGAAGCGUAUUGCUGAAUAUGAGGAGGAAAAAUCAAAAGGAAAAGUUGCUGAUUUGAGGCCAAAUAUUCUUAUGCUUGGACUUUCUCCUUCUGAUUAUGUUCUGCGUGCAGUUUCUAACAUUCACACUAAUGAUUUGGAGCAUACCUUGCUAGCUCUACCAUUCUCAGAUGCUUUAAAGAUCUUGUCUUAUUUGAAAGAUUGGGCUUCUUUACCCGAUAAGGUUGAGCUUGUCUGCCGAGUUGCCACAGUGCUAUUGCAGAUCCAUCACAACCAGCUUGUUUCUACCGUGGCUGCCAGACCUGUCUUAACUUUACUCAAAGACGUUCUUCAUGCAAGAGUUAAGGAAUGCAAAGAUACUCUCGGUUUCAACUUGGCGGCAAUGGAUCAUCUUAAGCAAUUGAUGGCUGCAAAGUCAGAUGCACUAUUUAGAGAUGCAAAAACUAAAGUGUUAGAGAUACGCUCAAAGUAUUCAAAACGUGCUGAAGCAAGGAUGGAACCAAAAGAAGAAAGGAGAAAAAAGAAGAAACAGAAGAAGGCUCUGAGAAUUCAAUUCAAUGACUUCGCAACCAGAGAUGCUAAACUUUGUUUUCAUACCUUUUUUUGCCCCUGGCCACAUGAUUCCAAUGAUAGACAUGGCAAAACUUUUCGCAGAACGCGGUAUUCGUGUAACAGUAGUCACGACGCCCUCAAUGCCAUCCGGUUCAAUUCAGUGAUUGAUCGUGCUGGACUCCCCAUUCAGCUUCUUCAGCUCCGGUUUCCAUGUGAGGAAGCUGGUUUGCCCAUUGGAUGUGAAAAUGGAGACGAUUUACCGUCCUAUGAGUUAACGAGGAACUUCUUUAAUGCACUCAGAAUGCUACAAAAGCCACUGGAACAAAAGCUGCAAGGACUUGAGCCAGCUCCAAGUUGCAUUAUAUGCGAUAAGCAUCUGACAUGGACUGUUGAUUUAUCAAAUAAUCUUCAGGUUCCGAGGAUUGUUUUUGAUGGAACGAGUUGCUUCACACAACUAAUUGAGCUUAAUUUGCACAUUUCCAAGGUUCAUGAAAGUGUGCCUGAGAUGGAGCCUUUCGUCGUGCCUAAUUUACCACAUAAAGUCGAGUUUACAAAGCUCCAGCUGCCUGUAUGGUUCAAUCCAGGCCCGGCAAAUGGAAUCCACGAUAUUCUUGAAGAGAUACAAGCAACUGAAACACAAUCUUAUGGGGUGGUGGUCAAUAGUUUCGAACAUUUGGAACAAAGGUAUGUUGAUGAAUUUAGGAAGAUCAGAGGGGGAAAGGUUUGGUGCAUUGGUCCACUAUCACUUUUCAACAGGGAGAAUUUGGACAAAGCUCAAAGAGGGAACGAGGCCUCCAUUGAUAUGAAUCAGUGCUUGAAGUGGCUUGAUUCACAAGAGCCUAAUUCUGUAAUCUAUGUGUGUCUUGGAAGCCUCAGUCGUCUAACACCUUCACAAUUCAUAGAGCUGGCUUUAGGCCUAGAAGCGUCAAAUUAUCCAUUUAUUCUAGUGACAAAAGGAGGAGAAGAAAUAGAGAAGUGGGUCUUGGAAGAUGGAUUUGAGGAAAGAAUAAAGGAAAGAGGCCUUUUGAUCCGAGGUUGGGCGCCGCAAGUACUGAUUUUAUCCCACUCUUCAAUAGGAGCAUUCUUAACACACUGCGGUUGGAAUUCAACUCUAGAAGGAAUAUGUGCUGGCGUGCCAAUGAUCACAUGGCCUUUGUUUGCCGAGCAAUUUUUUAAUGAAAAAUUAGUAGUACAGAUUUUGGGCACAGGUGUAAGAGUUGGAGCUGAAGGUGCUGUAGACUGGAUCACCCAAGAAAUGUCUGGGGCGAAGGUGAUGAAGGACAAAGUUAAGGCUGCCACUGAUAUUGUAAUGGAUAAGGGAAUAAAAGGAUGUGAGAGAAGGGAAAAAGCAAAAGAGUUAAAAGAAAUGGCAAAGAAAUCAGUAGAAGAAGAUGGAUUGUCCUAUCUCAACACGACGCUGCUGAUUCAAGACAUUGAGCAGCUGGUGAAGAAGAAUAAGCAAUCAACAUAA